CAGAGGGAUGGAGCUGGAAAGCUAAAGAGCACAGCUGGAGCCUGCAGAGUUCCGGCAAAGCUCCGACUUUGACCCGGUUUCCCUUUAAAAGCUGCCUGAGAGCUCAGUUCCCCCGUCACGGCCUUUGGACCUAACACCCAUCACACCAUGAAGCUCUGUCUUGUGCUUUGCUUGGCGCUGUUUUGGAUGGAGCUCCAACUGGGUGCCGGCCAACAAGCCAACAAGAGAAGAAAGGAUGCAGGAGAGAACCGCAUUAGGCCAGGAGGCAAACGAGGGAAGGCGCGUCAACCCAAACUGAAAGAAGGCGGAGGCAGAGGCCACACCCUGCUGACCCAGGUGUUGGAAAAGGGGCGCUUCCUACGUCUGGGCCAGAGUACCGUUCUGAACCCUGGGAACGACCUGGAGCUGCGCUGCAAAGGCAGUAAGAUCGGUUGGACUUACCCCCCCUACCUGGACACGUUCAACGACACGCGUCUCAGCGUCAUACAGAGUGACAAGUACGGUCAGCUCAUCCUGACGUCGCCGUCUGCCGCCGACACCGGAAGGUACAGCUGCUAUGUGAUCGUGUGUGACGGUAGUGAGUGCGAAAAGGACCACGACCACGCGUUCGCCUCCCACAUCUAUUUUGCAGACAAGGACAACCUCUUUGUCCCAUCGGACAUCCACUUCCAGAUUGUCUACAUGCGCCCGGACAAGCCCGCCGUUGUGCCGUGUCGAGUGACCACCCCGCACGCCACGGUGUCGCUGCACAGAGAGGUCCCCCCCGAGGAGAUAGCUGCCAAUGGGACCUUGGUGACUUACGACCCUGCCGAGGGUUUUGUCCUGCAGACGCCCAGCCUGGAGUACCAGGGGGUGUUCUACUGCAAGGCGGUGGUCAAAGGAACCCCACAAAUCUCUACUAAAUACCAGCUGCUCUAUGUGGAGGUUCCUAGUAGUCCGCCAUUCGUGAGCCUGAAGGCUUCUUCUAAGCUGGUGAAUGGAGGCGACAACGUCAACGUGACCUGCAGUGUGAUAGGGGAGCCUGACGUGGACGUGAGCUUCACCUGGUCUUAUCCAGGCCAGGGGCAGCGUCCAGUUCACAUCCACACAACAUGGAGGCUUGUCAACAGAGGACGCGGUCAAACUACACGAAUGACCCAGAGCGUGCUGAGCGUGGAAGACAUGGAAACCAUCGACUUUGGAAAGUACAUCUGCAAAGCCAAGAACCAACACGGCGAGACGCUGGUGACAACCGACAUCACGUCAGACUAGCCUGUUAUGCUUUUGGUGGUCUAUUCAUAACUUGUAUAAUAAAGCUAUACUUUGCCGAA